AUGAGUAUAAAGCAGGUACACCCAACAAACGAAGUGGAGGAAUAGAACGAAUUUAAAAAGGGAUUGCAGUAAUUAUUUAGUUAUAAAAGUGUAUAGCUCAGUUCAAACAUUCAAUGAUCUUAGAAGAAGAAGAAUACAAGUUAGAGAAGCAACAUUAAUUUUAUCUCCGAAACUGUAAAAUUUAAUUUAAUAUUGCUAGUCAACAAUAUCAGCAUAUGUUGCAACCAAAAAUAAGUUAGUUUACAAGUUAAGAUUAAAUUAUGGAAGAGGAAGAUGUUUUGGUGUUGGAUGGCUUUAAAAUUAAAUUUAAUAGGGCCAUCAGAAGAUUACUAAUUAUAUUGAACUUUGCAAGAGCAAUAACGUACUUUUCAAAAUAGAAAAAUAAAAAGAAUAUUACUUAAAGUUCAAUUUCCAGAUAAUCAAUUCCUUUUCUUCCUCAUUUAAAGUUUAUACGUUUAUGGAGAGAAAUUAUAAGUUUUAAUACUGUAGUUGCAAACAUAGUUUACCCUAUAUAUAUUACUUAUUCUGAGUUUGAUUCAUAUGUAUGAACUUCAGUUAUACUAGGAUUUUAUAACGAUAGUUACAUUUAUUAUUGAUUUUUUAUUCUUUGUUGAUAUAAUUUUAGAAUAGAUGAUUUGUUAGAUAGAUAAUAACAAUAUUCUCUUAAGAAAAUUUUCAUCUAUAUUUAUUCAUAAUUUAACUGGAUGGUUAAUAUUUGAUAUUCUAACAAUAAUUCCUUAUAAAUUAUUUGUAGAAAAGAUGGAAGAUACUUUCUAAUUGAGAGACUAUUUUAAUUUAUUAAAAUUAAUCAGACUACUCAAAUAUUUCAUUAAAACCGAUAGAAAGAUUUUAUAUCAUUCAGCUGAUUCAAAAAAAUCUGAAAUCUCUAUAGAAGAUAAAUUAUCUUUCUUUGAUUAUUUCUCUUUAAUAGAUGCCAAAUUAUUAAGUGUAUUGAACAUUUUUAAAAAUAUGUUAAUAUUAAUAAGUGCCUUUGGAUGUAUGUGGCAUUAUGUAAAAUAUUAUGAAGGAAUUUCUAUGGGAGAAGAUUAUAGCAAUUGGACAUCAUAUAUUGAUGGAUUAUUCUGGGCUAUAUAAACAGUAACAGUAGUUGGAUAUGGUAAUGUAUCUAUUUCUACUUCUAUGUAAUAUAAUCUUGUCAUUGUGUGGCUAUUAGUUGGAGUCGGAUUUUAUUCAUUCACUAUAGGAAAUUUAGCUUAAAUUUUAGAAUAGUAGACAUCGGCUGAAAUUUAGAAAGAACACUUAGAAGAUUUAGAAAACUUGAUGGACUCCAUUGUUAUUCCAGAUUGGUUGUCUGAUCAAGUAUCAAAUUUUCUGACUUACAAUUUAGAAAAUAAUUCCUUCUGGAACUAUAGAAAGUACAUUUAAACUAUAAUAAUUAGAGAAUAAUAGACUCUUUGCCAGGAUAACUUAAAAAGUAUACUAUUUGCUUUUCAUAACAAAAAUUAAUUGUAAAUACUAAUCUAUUUAAAUUGGAUAUUAAUAUAGCCUCAAAAUUAUUACCAUAUAUGACUAUAUUCUACUAUUAAAAAUAUGAAACUAUUUAUCAUGUUGGUUCACCUAGCAUGGAUAUUUAUUUUCUAAUUACAGGAGAAGUAUAAUAAUAUCAAAAUAUUACUAGGUGAGAUUGUGUGAUGAAUAAGGUCGAAGUCUGUUAAAUAUAAUUGAGGGAAGCAUUUUUGGUGAAAUGGAGAUUUUAGAUUAAGUUAAUAGAAAAUAAAGUGCUAUUGCUUCCAAAAAUUCUAUAGUCAUCAUUUUUCCUGUUCAAAUAUUUUUAGAUAUAAUUUAGACAGAUGAGAGUCUUUCUUUUGAAAUUGAAUAAUUGGGUUUGCGAAGAAAAAUUCUUAUCAAAGAAAGCCAUCUCAGAAUGAGAUGUAAUUAAUUUACUUUAUUUCUUUAGAAAAUUAAAAGGUAAGAAGAGUAAGUUGUAUAAAUUACAAAGAAUAAAGAAAACCAACAGAUAUAAGUAAAAAUAUUAUGGAAAAGGAGUUUAAAUAAAGAGUUUCAAAAGAAUCUUUUUAGUUUAUUCAAACUAGGAUAUUAAAAUAUAUUUUCGGUAGAAAUUAAGAAAGAAAAUGGAGAUUAUUUCAGAAAUUUAGAGAUGUUGUUUCAAAAGUGAUGAAAUUUAAUAAGCAAAAAAGAGAACUUAAUAAAAGGAGAAGAGAAAGUUUUAUAGGAUUAAAGAUGAUUAAUAAUUUUAAAGGCACUACUGAAAAUGAGUAGUUAAUUAUUAAAUAAAUAUUUAAAUUAUAGAAACAAAAAAGGUAAUUAAUGAAAACUUUGAAGUAAAUCAUAAAUCAUGUUAAAUCAGGAUUAUAGGCUCCAAUGCUUAUAACUCCUUCUCCUUAUUUCUAUUGUUUAUUAAAGGAAUAAAAAUAAUAAAUUUUAGAAAAAAAGGAAUAAGAAACUUAGAAUAAAUUUCAAAAAUAAUAAAAAAUAAAGAAAAUUAAUCCAUAUUACUAAUUAAGACACCUAAAUGAUUUUUGGAGUAAACUCUAAAAUGAGUUGAUUUUAUAUAAAAAUGCAAAGACCGAACUCAGAUACUAACAAAUGGAAGUGGAUGGAGUUUAUUUUGAAAUUUAAGGUUUAAUCAAAUCUAUCAUAUGA